AUGGAGAGGAUUCUCCUCAGAAAAUUGUGUACCAAUUUUAUGGAAAUGAAAGGUGAUAUAAUAAGCAUGGAUAUGCAGUUGAAAAAUUACCAAAUUACGUUGUCGCAGAUCAACAAGACGUUGGGAAACCGAAACAUGUCAACCGCAGAGUACCUAAGCAAGUGCAUAUUCUCUGUUGCAAUAGGUACUAACGACUACAUUACCAACUACUUAUUUCCACAGUUUUACACUACUAGCCGCAUAUUCACUCCACAACAAUAUGCUGUUGUUCUCAAUCAACAAUUAUCUCAGCAGUUACAGACUUUGUACAAGUCUGGGGCAAGGAAAUUUGCCCUUUUCGGCCUGACUGCGUUAGGUAAUAUUCCAAUGCAACGGAGUUCAUGUGGAAGUGGAAGCAAUGGCUCUGCAUGUGUGGACAACAUCAACAAUACAACCCAACUUUUCAACGUUGGGCUUAAAUCACUGGUGGCUCAACUCAAUACCAAUCUAACCAAUGCAACUUCCAUCUUCAUAAAUGCUUCUGGAAUUGAGUCCAUCCCACCUAUAGCUUCCAAGGUUGCGAAUGUUUCCUGCUGUGAAACAUUGCUAAAUUUAAUAUGCGUUCCAUUUGGAAAGAUAUGCAGUAAUCGGACCAACUAUAAAUAUUGGGACGGAGUCCAUCCGACUGACGCCCUAUAUGCGGUGUAUGGGGAAAGAGCAUACAAAGCCCAGUCUUCAAGUGAUGUUUAUCCGUUUGAUGUCAACCAACUCGCACAAGUGUAGGACAUGGGAAGAGAGGAUUUUCAUGUCAAGUCUAUAAUAUGAUAAAACAUUGCUUGGAUUUGUGUUCCAAGUGCCUCGAAUCUAUUACGUACUCUUAAUAAAGCAAUAGAGUUUA